CCGGCCGACACCAGCCUCAGCAUCCUGGCCAGCAUCCAGCGCAUUGUCGAGAACCACGCCAAGCUGCUGGAGGCGCGCGCGCCGCCGCUGGACCGGCGGAAGCCUUGCACGGCCGUGCAGCCGGCGUCGGCCGGCCAGCGCAGCCCCAGCCCGCCGCGGCCGCCGCCAGCUCACCAGCAGCCGCUGCUCAACUCGCGGCUCAGCUUCUCCAUUGAGAACAUACUGCGGCCCGACUUCAGCCUGGCGCCGGGCCUGGCGCAGCUGCGCGCCUUCCAGGCGGCGGCGGCGGCAGCGGCGGCGGCGGCGGCGGCGGCGGCGGCGGGGCACGAGCGUGCCGAGCCGGUGGACCUGCGCCGGGGAAGCAGCGCCAGCCCUCGAGCCAAGCCGGCCGCAUCGCCGGCCGUCGAGCCGCAGGGUGACAACCGCUGGCCCGCCUGGGUCUACUGCACGCGCUACUCGGACCGGCCGUCGUCAGGUCCGCGCAGCCGCAAGGUCAAGAAGCGGAAGCCGCCAGAGGAGAAGAGGCCACGCACCGCCUUUACCACGGAGCAGCUGGCGCGGCUGAAGGUCGAGUUCCAGGAGAACCGCUACCUCACCGAGAAGCGGCGCCAGGACCUGGCCCAGGAGCUCAGCCUCAACGAGUCGCAGAUCAAGAUCUGGUUCCAGAACAAGCGCGCCAAGAUCAAGAAGUCGUUGGGCCUGCGGAACCCGCUGGCGCUGUCGCUCAUGUCGGAGGGGCUCUACAACCACGCCACUGUUCCUGUCGAAGAGGACGACUGAGGCGGCGCGGCACGCAGCGCCCGGGACGAGUCAGCACCGGAAGCAACCGACCUGCGGCGCGGGAGCGCAGAUCACAGCCGGCUCGGACUGAAGCGGCCGGCCGACCUCAGAGGCCAGCGUCCUCCCGUGCGGGGCGGCCAGCGGCGACCGCCCGCUAGAGCUCAGAGGGAAGGUGGAGCGGACGUCGCAGGGGUGAGAGCGGUGCGCUCCAGCGGCGCCCCGCCAGAGCUCAGAGGGCCAGCGGUGGCGGCCGUCGGCCAGAGCUCAGAGGGCCAGCGG